AAAUACCCCCAACCACAUUCCAUAAGCCCUCCCUCACUCUAUUCACACUCACCCUUCAUUGUAAAAUCAACAAACAGGGAAGAUUUUCAAACUCAAAUCACGUACAAACAUUUCAUUUAGGAAGAACUUGAAAAUUAUGGCGAUGAAAAAAACAAGCAAGCUAACACAAACGGCAAUGAUCAAGCAAAUCUUGAAGAGAUGCUCGAGUUUGGGGAAGAGACAGAGUAAUGUGUACAGCGACGAUGAAAACGGACAACCUCUUGAUGUACCUAAAGGACAUUUCGUCGUCUACGUUGGAGAGAAUCGAGUCAGGUACGUUGUACCCAUUUCGUUUUUGACCCGACCCGAAUUUCAGCUUCUUCUCCAACAAGCAGAGGAAGAGUUUGGUUUCGAGCACGACAUGGGUCUCACUAUCCCUUGUGAAGAAGUCGUUUUCCGAUCGCUCACGUCUAUGCUCCGAUGAACAUAUCUUUUAGGGUUUUGCUUCUUUUUCUUAAAUAAUAUAUUUCAAAUCGUUAGUUAGGAUGACAGAGGAAGCUGCUAAGUAAAUGCUUCUCUGUUUUAGCAAAAUAAGUUUUAUAUGUUUUGGCUAAUAUGGGUUUAGAGUUGUAACUUGUAAGAGUGAGACCUAACCCUUAUUUAGAGAACCCCAAUGAGAAUGAGUUACUAAUUUUGGUUCUUUUCUCAGAUUUGUAGAAACCCAAAAACAAAACAAAUUUCCGGUGAAGAUCACUCUCAUGGUGGUGUUGUUGAUGAAUGUGUACCCUGUGAGAAAGGUUUUUAAUAUUUAAUGAAAGACUUAAAAUUAUCAGGCUUUAGGUUUUA